AUACAAUAUUUAUUCCUAUUAAAAAAUAACACUUUCAACAGUUCCUAGUAAAGUGCUAAGUGCACGAAAUAUCGAAUUACUUUCACAGGGUGCUUAGCAUUUUCGAGUCUUUUUUGGAAAUCGGUGCUUAUUGCUCGAAGCACUAUUAUUUAGUGCUCUUCACAGCUCUGUUUUAGGUUCAAUAAUUCCGAACAAUGCUCUCUCUGACUAUGAAAAGCCAAUCAUGGAAAAAAUUGGAUUUUUGCAAUUCUUCAUCAUUGAAAGUCUUAUUCUUAUGGGUGGAAAUGACUGUUCACCCAAAAUUAAUCCAGUUGUGAGGUCAGCUAAAACAGAAGCUAUCGAUUGCAUAGGAAAUUUGUCUAUAUCUGGAUCUUUUUGUGAUUCUUUAGCGAAUGACUGGAUGAAAUGCUUGGAUCCACUAGCAAAAAAGGUAGAGGAAUGCAACCAAAAUAAGGUAUUGAAAGGAGCCAUCGACAUAUCUUUAAAGACAACCCUGUCAGAAGCUGCAUUCAUAUGCAAGUCUGAUACAGCUGACCUUCUAGAAUUGGCCAAUCCAUGUUUCCUGAAAUCAUUGGAAUUAGAAGAGCCUUGUGUGAAUAGAUUCGUCAUGGAUGUUCAAUCUGUAUUCAUAACUCAGGAAAAAUUUAGUAAUGUUUUUUGCAAAUCCUCGGCCGAGCUAGAGAAAUGCCUAACAAGUACAAUUGAAGGUAUGUGCCCAAGGAAUGUUACCGUUAAUACCAUAAGAGGAUUGUACGAAUCUUUAGUAAAGCCUUGCAAUUUUAAGAAAAACACUGUGUAAUUAUAUUUCAAACAUAAACAUACUGUAAAUACUUCGUUGUUAAAUUAAUAAUCUUAAAUGAUAUUAUGUCAUUUUAUUUGAUUAAUUGUUUUUUAGAGUUAUAAAAAUAUAAAGCUGUAAGUAAUUAUCGUAGCACAUGUUUGAUA